GCUCCAGACCACAUUCCUGACUCUCCGGAGCUGUUUUCCAAGGAGUUUUUGCAUCUUCUUUGUUGAAAACGCGUGUCGAGCUAUAACAAUCGCGGACAAGCGCCCUGAGUGACCAGAACCACCAAUUGACUCCGCAUCGCAACCUCGGUCUCGUCUUAUCGCUCCUCCACCAUCGCAACCAUGUCCGUCAAGUUUAAAGACGUGCAAAAUGCAGCUACCGCUGCGGCCUCGGCGGCCGACACAUCUAUCCGGGCGGACACAAAAGAGCUGGCGCACAAGGUCGGCGAGCGCCUGACUGGAGGCAAUCCCCAGACUGGUUACCUAGCCCUGUACCUACGACAGCUUCAGUCCAACCCGCUGCGCACGAAGAUGCUCACCUCCGGUGUGCUCUCUUCUGCGCAGGAGUUCCUCGCCUCUUACCUCGCCAACGAUGUUAGCAAGCAUGGUCACUACUUCAGCUCUCGUGUCCCCAAGAUGCUCCUCUACGGCAUGUUCAUUAGUGCCCCUCUCGGCCACGUUCUGGUCGGCAUCCUCCAGAAGGUCUUCGCGGGUCGCACCAGCUUGAAGGCCAAGGUCCUUCAGAUUCUCGCCAGCAAUCUGAUUGUGUCUCCUAUCCAAAAUGUGGUCUAUUUGACCUGCAUGGCCAUCAUCGCUGGCGCUCGUACUCUCCACCAGGUCCGCGCAACUAUCAAGGCCGGCUUCUUCCCUGUCAUGAAGGUUAGCUGGAUUACUUCACCGCUGGCGUUGGCCUUCGCCCAGAAAUUCCUCCCUGAGCAUACCUGGGUGCCAUUCUUCAACAUUGUUGGGUUCUUCAUCGGAACCUACGUCAACACUCACACCAAGAGAAAGCGCCUUGAAGCGCUGCGGAAGCGUUACGAUUCCCGCCGCGGCGGCCCCGGCAGCGAGUACGAGAAGGGCCCUGGACCCGACUACCGGUAAAGGAUGUAAUUUCCUCCCGGACAAAUGAUGACAGUCGAGCACAUAUCGCGAACCGCAUGAUAGAGGCAUAUAACUCUUUCAUCGAUCGUUCGACACCAGAUUGUAUACUCCUACCUUUCCGAUCAUAUUUACCCUCUCGCUUCCUUUGUCCUCUGUUCAAGUACGGCGGACUGGAUCACUCUAUACUUUAUACCGUCUGUUAGACGAAGAUAUGUUUAAGCUUACGAUGAAUGGUUGUUAUUAUUUUUGUUUCUUACGCCCAAUCUACAUACUUAUUACAUAGUUUGAAUUUAUGACGCCGCUCGGUGCAUCUUUAUUUCUUUA